AGUAUAUAAGGCGGCUGUGGAAUUUGUUCUGCACUGUACUGAUGCGGCUGCCUUUGGGAAAGAACAAGGUGUUAUUUAGGUAGAAAAAGCCUGCGUUUGCUUUAAUUGACAAUACGUUUUUCCUUGACGAACAAAAUCGCUUAGCUUUAAAAAUCAACUUGCAUCAGCGCUGUUGCCGCUCUUCUCUAGCAUUACGCUAGCGUAGUAGUCGAGAUGGUCGAACAUAAAGGAAGCACAUCGCUAUUUGCGAUCUUUGCCUUGAGUUUGUACUCGCUUUUCCUGUUUCCUUACACGAUCUACCGCAUUUCAUGUGGAGGCUCAGAGGAGACAGUGGUGCAGCCAUAUCUACAGGGCAAGCAGAAGAAGGGCGGUGUCAGUCGUGUCCUGCGUAAGCUGUUUAACAAAGGCAACCUCGUCCUCAUCGCGCUAUGGCUGCUGUGGGCGCUGCUGCUGUGGUACGUCAGCAUAACAUCAAAGGAUCUGAAGCCGUUUGAUCCGUUUGAGAUCCUGAAGAUUGAGCCGGGUGCCACCACCGCGGAGAUCAAGAAGGCCUACCGCAGCCUGUCGCUGCAGUACCACCCAGAUAAGAACCCCGACCCCCGCGCGCACGCCUACUUUGCCGAGUACAUCACCAAGGCCUACCAGGCGCUCACGGACGAGGUGUCCCGCGGCAACUACGAGAAGUACGGACACCCGGAUGGACCGCAGGCCAUGGAUGUGGGUGUGGCGCUGCCCACCUGGCUGUUCACCAAGGACAGCAAGGUGGCGCCCCUGAUGCUGCUGGGGCUGGUGUUCUGCGGCAUCCUGGCGCCGCUGGGGGUGGCCUCCUGGUACAUGCUGCGAUCCAACCGCUACACGGGGCCCAACGGGGUCAUGCAAGACACCAUGUCGCUCUACUACGCGUCCAAGUACAACGUGAAGGAGUCGCAGUCGCUGGUUCGCAUCCCCGAGACGCUGGUGUUCUGCAUGGAGUUCCUCACGCUGCCCACUCCCGGGGAGCAGGGUGCGGGUCUUGAGGAGCUGCGUCGUGUGGUGCUGCGGAACAACCCGGACCUCAAGGACAAGAAGGCCUUCUGGGUCAAGAGACACCCCUCCGUGCUCAAGGCGCACAUGCUGCUGCUGGCGCACCUGGACCGGGAGCACGACAGCGUGCCCGCAUCGCUCAAGGCCGACCUCAACUUUGUGCUGACCAAGACCCCGCUGCUGCUGGACGAGAUGAUCAAGAUCGCCGUACUGCCUCGACCGCCGCUGGGACACGGCUGGAUGACCCCUGCCGUGGCCAUCGUGGAGAUGAUGCAGUGUGUGGCGCAGGCGCUCUCCAUCUCCG